UCAUGAGCUUGAAGUUUGAAUUGAAGUUUUGCCAAAAAAAUUAAAAUGGUAAAGCUGAUGUGCAGUAACGAAAUUGGGGCUAAGGAUUGCUAAUUAUGCUAGAUUUAAUGAUUUAAAUAUACAAAGGAACCACUUAUUUAACGUAAAUACACUACGUAAUAAAUAUGAAGAUUUUGAAUGCUAUUGGUUUAAGCGCUUUCCAAUUAUUGUCAUGUGUUUUUGUUGUUGGAUAUUUCCUGGGGGUACUAAACAAUUAUUUCAGUGACAAAAACAAUUAUUGUGCUAUGACUUACAUGUUUGAAUAUCCCCAAUUCGUGCGAAUAUCUCUCGAAGAUAAUAAAAUAUAUCCGCAAUAUGGACUGUUUGCCUACAGUGAAGGAAGAUUUACAGAAAGGGCAAGAAGAAUGUGGUUUGAUGGCAUACCAGUACUGUUUCUGCCAGGAAACUCAGGCAGUCACAUGCAAGUUAGGUCAAUAGCCUCUGUGGCUUUGAGAAAGGCUUUAUCCCAAGAAUAUGAUUACCACUUUGAUUAUUUUACAAUUAGCUACAAUGAAGAGCUGUCAGGAUUGUAUGGAGGUGUGCUUCAAAGUCAAACACAAUUUGCAUCAGCCUGUGUAGCAAAAAUUCUUAGUCUUUACAAGAAUAAUAAAUACACCAAAACUGUACCUACUUCUGUUAUACUCAUUGGGCAUUCCAUGGGUGGCCUUAUAGCAAAACGCCUUUUAGCUUAUCCAAGUACAAUCAAUACUACGAACAUAGCGAUUACACUAGCAGCACCUCUAGAAGCUCCCGUUGUAAACUUUGAUCCUGUUAUAAAUGAUUAUUACAUGCUAAUCAAUUUAGAAUGGGAAGCAUAUAUAAAUAGACAUGAGGAAGUAAAAAGGAAGAAGUUUUUGAUCAGCGUAGGUAGUGGGCCUCGAGAUGUUCUGAUUCCAGCUGGUCUGACUUCAUCUAAUGACAGCCAAAUAAGUGCAUUGGCCACAUCUAUCCCAGGCGUAUGGGUAACGCCAGACCACGUUAGUAUGGUGUGGUGCAAGCAGUUAGUGAUGGUAGUCAACAGAUUUCUCUUCGAUAUAGUCGACCCGUUAAGCGAACAAGUAACCGAUGACAGUUCAGUGAUGCUGACAAAAGCUGAACAGCAUUUUCAGUCAAAUCGGUCAAUGAUUUUAAAUCCAAUGAUAACACGUAAAAAUGUGACGAUGCAAGCUGACGCGUUCUGGUACGAAGAUAACAGACGAAUUUAUCAAAUUUCCAGACCAGAGAUCGACAGAACAACUCAUUUAAUGAUAAGGCUCGUCAGUUUUCCACAAAACAGAUUUGUAGCCGUGGAAUCUGUAAACGUUCAAGAUAAAGAUUGGAUUUUCGGAUGCAAUGCGAAAAAUGUCUACCAUUCCUACAGAUAUUGCAAAGAAGCGACAUCGCUAAGUGAGCUAAGUCGCUGGACGGGUUCCGUACCAGAGUUUGGCAAGAGGAAGUUAGCCACUGUAAACCUCCACAAACUGAUGGAAUUAGAGCCCGAGUGGACGCAUGUUAUUGUUAAAGUAUCGCCGACGAAGAAACCGGUAAUUUUAAACGUAGAUAUAAACGAUCACGCAUCACGACAAAUAGAUGUGAAACUACCCUCGGAUCUGUCAUUCGGCAAGCAGAUAAUAAAAGCUGAAACGGAAGCUAACAGUUUGUACUACGAACUGAUUCUAUCCGACUUGAGCGUGAUCCAUCAAGCGUACUUGUUGUAUGUGGAGCCUACGAGCAGUUGUCAAGAGGCGUCGUAUCAUGUGUCCGCAGAGUUGCACGUCCCUUGGGCGAAGAAUCACGAAUACCAUCAUUAUUUUACGGAUUUAAAAAAGUCACCAAUGAAAGUACGUUUAUUCAAGAGUAACCCGAACGUAACAUUAGGCUUAGACUCGUCAGAAAAGGCAAUGAUAACACUUUUAUUAGAUCCAAAAUGUACUUUUAGUAUUAGUAUAUCGACUUCCUGGUACUACCGCCUAGGUCAACUGUCGCGUAACUAUACGCCAGUUCUAGUGCCUUACGUAGCGGCUAUAAUACUGUUGGCCGCUCGGAGUAAUAUACUGCACUUGAAAGAACAUGGUACUUGCGUGUCUAUACAUAGCGCCUUGAUGAGUGAGGGGGUUAAGCCUUAUUAUGCAUUGGUUUUUGGAAGAUUAGGGUCUAUGGCGUUAAUGUCUAUCCCAUUCUUUUCCUUUCUCUUUGAGAACGCCAGUUGGAAAAACUUAGAACUACAAUACUUCUCCCGGUCGUUGUUAGUGUUGCCAGCGUAUAUGACAGCGUUGGGAAUCCUUAACAUUUCCGCCGCGGCUGUGCUCGUUGUGAUGGUGUUUUCGUCGCAGUUGGCACACCGGCUACUGUUUAGGAUAGUGUGGCGUGGCGGCACAGGGUUAGCUGAGAAAAUGGCAGCCGGUCUGCAAAAAGUUCCUAUGGUGGUGAGCGCAGCGCUAGUCUGCGCGGUGCCUUUAUCUUGUGGUGCAGCUUCUCUAGCCGCCGGCGCGGCUUUUUACGCUUUCGUGCUUUCUAAAAUGUAUGAGGAGUAUCUUGAGGAUUAUGUAUACAGAUUGGUGUCAAAAGUGGCAAGCAAAAUGUGUCGAUUAUUUAAACCAAAGAAAGAUUCUACUAGAACUAUUCCAAUAAAAGAUGUACAAUCUACUCAAACAACUACCUCAGAAAAUGUCAAUGAUAAUACAAUUUCUCCAGAAGACACUAAAAAUGAAAAAAAUGACAGUACCUUAUCAGGCAAGAAUGAUAAAACUGAAGAUGAAAGAUCUGUUGAUACAAAGGCUCUAGUAUCCACGGAACAAGAAGAACCCAAGGAAAAGUGUGACAAUGAAACUAAUAAUAAUAAUAAUAUUGACGAAGACUUGAACAAUAUAAACUUUCAUUUGAUGUUGUUCUUUAUGUGGAUGAGUGUGGCUAUAGUUAACAUUCCUGCAUUACUUACAUGGGCCCAAAAUUUCAAGUACAGCAUGGUUUUGAAACCUGAUACAUCGUACCAUACUGGACUUGUUAUGUCGGCUUGUUCAGCAGUUAUCUGGCAAAUGAAUGGCCCAAGAAGAAAUUUGAGACAUUAUGAAACAGUAUCAGCAUUACUUUUCACAAUGGCUGUGUUUAUACUAGCCUUGGGACCAUUUUCCUUGUCCAUUGUCAACUAUGGUGUAACAUUUAUGUUUACAAUUAUCACAAUACAACAAUUAUUGGAUACUGAAGAUCCUGCUCAAGAAAAUCAUACCAAAGAGCCUGUUAUUAAUAUUGAUGCUGAUACUACUAGUACUCUGCCGUCCAACAAAGAACCAGUGAAAGCUGAUGAACCAAAAGAAAAUAUCACUGCAGAAAGUGAAAAUGAACAGAAUAAAGAAAGUGGAUCUAAUGAAGGAGAAAAACAGGAAACAUCAAAUGAAUGUGAUGUGUGUAAUGAAAAUAGGAUAUACAAUAUAUUUAGAAAUCUCAGAGAAAAACUUAGUUUUGGUGAUAAUUUAUAAUAAUUCAAUUCAAAGUUCAGACAUAUCAAUGAAUAAUAUAGAUGAAUUUUGACACAGAAAUGUCUUGGAACAUUCUUUUAGGUAGCAAAUUGAAAAUAUGUUUUAGUAAUUAUGGGUUUCCUAUUAAAAAGUACUAGAAAAUGUGCUUUUAAAUCUGUAAUUUUUCAGUUUCCAGUGAGAUUUUAUUUUACUUAGCUAGUCACAUUCAUGUAGUUAAUGUUGCAGUUAAUAGUUUUUAGGAUUUUUCGAAUAAUAUUAGUUAUAAUAAUUGUA